UUAUUUUCACUGAUGCAUCAAGAUACGCGAUAAAAGUAUCCGAAAUUCGAUCUACAUGUGCUAUAUAACUUUGACGAAUCUGACGAGACACAGACCAACACAGAUCGAAAUAAAGACCCCGCAUAUCCCCUCAGGACAUUUCUACGGAAUCAGGUCGUCAGAAGCGGAGGUGUACGCGCGAGAGUGGGGCGUGAAAUGCACGCCGUGUAUAAGAGAUCACAUUAUUACGCAUCCUGGUAGUGUGCUCCUUAAUUGCAUUAGGCCCACAUCCCUUUGUCGACUCUCGACAAUGGCGUUACCCUGGUUCUUUUGCACUGUUAUUCUUUUUAUAGAUGUAACAUCAGUGAGAACGUACUCUGUUUCCUAUGAUGGCAGUCACCUGGCAUUUUCUAAUACUCCAAGAUUGAUAUACACAGAAUCUGAGUCUAAUCCUACUUUCAGCGGAUACUCCUAUACAACCCAGGAUUUGAAUGGUGGCGAAAGUAAUGUUGUUUUUACAACCGGUGCUGAUUCUCUGAGCAGAUUGCAACAUGAAAUGAGUUCGAUGAAAUUGUCAGAAAGAAACAGGUUGGAGAAAACCCAAGAAAAUUUAAUGUCUUCAGAACAAUCAUCCAAAUCUGAAGAAACGAGUAUGAAUAAACAGGAAGAUUUUAAUGUGAAUGCUGAAAAUCUCAAGGAAGAGAAGGAACUAUCAAAGAGCUUUGAAGCAGAUGAUAAUUUUGUCGAACAUCAAGUACCUCUUCAGCAAAUCUCCUUUGUGGAUUUACCUUAUCCUGCAUUUAGAACAAAUUUACUGGACUUUCCAACGGUGUUUCCAAGAUAUCAUGUGUCACCAAGUGCGAUACAAAGUUAUUAUCCUCACGAUCCUUAUUCCCAGUUAAGACUACCUUUGCAUAAUUUUAAUCUUUAUAAUCCUUCUGUGCCAUUAUUUUAUCGAGCAGCGAUCACGAUUCCUAGCAAUAACAAUGAAUAUACAUCAACAGCUGCUCAAGAUACAAAAAUUUCUCUAGAAUCAAAUGAUAUUGAAAGCUCACAAACUGAUGCUACUGUCUCUGAAUCCGGCUCUAUAGAAUCCAGUAAAAUAGAAUCAAGAUCCGAUCUGGGAUCAACGGCAGAUGCAGUUGACAAAACAUCAAAUAAAUCUGCUAUCGCCAUAGAUAAACUGGAAUUCACGACUACAUCUAAGAAAGUAGAGAAAGAAAUUACAAGUAGUACUCCUGUAAAUCUUGCAAUAACAUCUGAGAGUUCUGUUGAACAAACUACAGAGGACAAAACAAAUACUACUAAACUUGCAAAUACAGAAACAAGUCCUUCAAUGGAGAUAUCGACUAAUGCAACAUCUAAGACACGUGCGUGAAUAUCAACAAUCAAAAGAGACUAUAUUCUAUACUUUCUGACAAUUACAUUAAUAAUAACAGGAUUUUGAGUAUAAUGUAACAAAGCUUAUUGCAAUUUUAUACAUAUUGCUUGAAUUAUAUUAAAAUAAAAAUCGUUUGACAUUUACAUAAAUUAUGAAUCUUUUUAUUUUAAUAUAAUAAAAAUAGUUUCUAAUUAAAAAAUAUAAUCUCUUUAUAAAAGUAUCAGCAUCCAUGUUCACACACACAGAUUAAUUAAAGCACUAUGCAAUAAAUUAAAGGUUAUGUCUAUAUCAACAUGCAAUAUUGUAUAUAUUUAAAAAUAUUCAUUCAAUAAUUUUCUAAUCUAAUGGAUAAUUUAAAUAAGACAUUGUUUUUGUAAAAAAAACAUUCUACAAGUGUUAAAAUGUUACGAAAUGGUCAAUAAGUCAAAAACGGGUGCCA